AUCGAGGUAGAGGCAUUAUCCCUUGAUCAGCGUCGACCGCACACCGCCGCGAUGUCGACACCGAAGACGACAAGCACAGCCAUGGCAGUCCUGUCCUGUGUGGUAUACAGCGCGGUGUCGAACGCUAUGGUCCUCGUGAAUCGGUACCUCGUCGGGCAAAAGUACUUCAAUUACCACGAGAAGUCGUUCGUGAUCCUCGCCCAGAUGCUCCUCGGCGUGCUAAUGCUGGAACUCGCCAAAUUUCAAGGAAUGAUCAAGUACGAAAACUUCAGUCUCGACACCGCCAAGCGUUGGGCGCCCGUCACGUUUUUCUUUGUCGCGAUGUUGUACACGAGUACACUUGCGACGGCCGGCCUUCCCAUCCACAUUGUGACCGUGUUCAAGAAUGUCGCGAUCAUUCUCACAGUCAUCGGGGAAUGGCGCUUCUUUGGCGAAGGCGUAGGGCUGAUCGUUCUCACGUCUCUCUUCGUCAUGCUAUUGGGUGCUGUGCUCACUUCGUACAGCGACGUGGACGGGAAACCAACUCCGAGUACCAUCAGCGGCUACUUCUGGAUGGUCAUGAAUUGCAUUUGCACAGCUUCUUACGUUCUAUACAUGCGAUACGCCACGUCCAAGUCUUCGCUCAAGCUGUCGCGCUUUGGAAUGGCGUUUUACAACAACCUAGUCGCGCUGCCGCUGCUGUUCCCGCCCAUGCUUGUCAACGGCGACGCGAUCACGAUGUGGUCCAACCCGAUGACGUAUGACGUUUCGUUCCUCGUCCUCUUGACCGUGAGCGGCGUCUUCGGGAUUGCGCUCAACCUGGCGUCGUUCUGGUGUGUAUCUUCGACAUCGGCCACGACCUACGCAACGGUUGGUGGCCUGAACAAGGUUCCGACGACAUUCAUCGGCGUCGUCCUUCUCGGCGAAGAGCUAACUGCCAAGACCGCAAUCUUCGUCAGUUUUGGCGUGAUUGGAGGCAUGCUGUACGGGUACGGCAAGUUCAAGGACGCGGAAGCUGCCAAACUCGCCAAGGCGCGCAAGGACGAAGCGGCCGAGAAGCAGAAGAUGCUCGACAAUUCAGUUUAACACGUUUCUGCGUUCUUUCCCUGGAACGAUUCCGCAGCACUUUUCAUUCCACGUGAGUUAGAACGUCGUGGGAUUGUUUAGAAGCAUGCUACAUGCAAAAGUCAGGCGGAGGAAUGGAAUGAAUACCGACCUUGGCAUCGAGUUGGACGUGAGGUCGAGAAAGGCUUCCUCAAGCGCGGACUGGGUCAACGAUGAGUCGCCUGCAUCCAGGUGAGGACAAACGGAAAGUGCACGUAAUGUAUACCCAGAGGGAGUGCGUCGUGCGUCGACGCAUUGCUCAAGUCACGACUGAGCUCCUCGAUCUCGAUUG